GCCCCAGCCGCUCGUCGCGCGCCCCAUGCCGGCAAGCGGCACGCCGCCGCGGGGGGCUGGCGAACCUGGGGAGGCCGCAGGGGAGCACGACCAGUGGCCGCCUUGUCGGCUCUCCUCGCGCUCCCGCUGCUCCUCUUGGCGCCGCAGCCGACGGGCUGCAGGGCCUCCAACCCGCGCUUGGGGCUCGGCGUGGGCUACACGGGGUGCUGCAGCGGCUGGCAGAGGACGGCCACGCCCAGGCCGCAGGCCAAGCGGACGCGCCUGACCGCGCGGCGGCAAGCAGACAAGCCGCGGGCGGUGGACGGGGACCCGCUCGGCCUGGACCUCUCGGCGUCCGAGGAUCCCGACCCGCUGGACGAGGAGAUCGCCGCGUUCGCUGCCUCGGUGCUGCCGCGCGCCGAGCACAAGAAGCGCAAGAAGGAGCUCCUGGAGAGGCUGCGCAACCUCGUGCAAGUGGCGCACGGGUCGACCAUACGCGUCCUCGGCUUCGGCUCGUCCUUCAACGGCUGCGGCGAGGGCGGCUCGGACAUCGACGUGUCCCUCUACAUACCGCCGCACAAGAAGAGCUGGGACAAGCCCUGCUUCCAGGGGCUCGCGGAGGUCGUCUUCAAGGCCCAGGAGUACGGCCUGAACGUCAUGGACUGGCGGCCCAAGGCCGUCGUGCCCAUCGUGACGUUCGAGAUGGUGAUCGAGGAGAACGGCAAGAACGUUUCUUCCGGGUACACGUGCGACGUGUGUUGGAUGCACGUGCUCCCGCAGUACAACACGCGGCUGCUGCGCUGCUACUCGGAGCUCAUGCCCGAGCUGGCGCCGCUCGUGGUCGCCGUCAAGCGAUGGGCCAAGGUGUCCGACAUCUCAAAGACGUUCGACCACUUCAUCUCGUCCUACAGCUGGACGCUGCUGGUGGUGUACUACUGCCAGGUCUGCCACGACUUGCCCUCGCUCCACGCGGUAGAGCUGGACCAGCAGGGCGAGACCUGGCAGAAGCCCACGUCAGCCUACGAUUGUCGGUUCGUCGAGGUGUCGGCGAUAAAGCAGCUGGAGCCGCUGCGCCGCUACGCGAAGCGUACGAUCGGCCUGGGCCUGCUGCUCCGCGGCUUCUUCCGCUUCUACGCCACCCCGGGCGGCUUCGGCUGGGAGAAGGAGGUCGUCUCGGUGCGCCUCGGCGAACGGCGGGAGGUGGGGGACGUGGCCUUCAGCGACGAGCUCACCUAUCAGGUCGUCCACAAGAGGCGCAGGUUCGGAGUGCAGAGACAGGUCAGACCUGGGUUCCCGCGCUUCAGCAUCGAGGAUCCUAUAGAGGUGCACCGCAACCUCAACUUCGCGCUGCGCGAGCCGCAGCUGGAAAUGAUCCGGGAGAAGCUCUCCGAAGCCCACGCGGGACUCGAGGCGGGCAACAGCCUGGCGCAGCUG